CGGUGUGUAGGUCGUUAUAUAAUCAGUCGAUAGUUAUGGAUGACAACGUCGGUAAAUUUAGUGAGAGCAAAAUUGAGCAGAUUUUGGCCGAUCUUCCUCGUUUGGAAGAUGCCAAGAAGAAUGCCAAUGAGCUCUAUGGCGAUGGCAAGUAUGAUGAGGCCUGGGCGGCAUACUUGACUCUUAUUAUCGACAUUUUGGGCAACCAGGAUUUGGCGAAUGAUUUAAAGAAUCUUACAGAAGCGGUUAAAUCGGCUAGAAUAAGAGAUGAGAGGUUAUCUCCUUUCCUUGGAACACUUCUUAGCAAUGCGGCUCUUUGCAAGUACCGGAAUAAGAAUCUGGAGGAUGCUAUUAUGUUAUGGCAAACAUGUUUAUGUGUCGACGAAAAUAACUACAAAGCCGCAUAUCAGCUGUCACAAUGUUAUAUUCAGCGCAAGGAGUACGGUAAUGCUAUGAAUUUUAUUCGUCGCUGUCAGACCAUUGCUGAUGCUACUUCUAUGGAUACAUCAAGAUCUCUACCUCAUACUCGUCUAUUGGAUGAGGUUGUGCACGGUAUUAACCGCGAGAACGCUGAGGUAGGUAGUUCUGAAUACUGUGAGAAGCUUCUCAAUGCUGUUGAAGCUGGUGAAGAUAUAAUGGAGAAUCUGAGUAAAUUGGAUUCUAUGAGCAAAGAAGAGAUUGCUAUGCGGCGUAUAGUUCCUCGUCUUGUGAAGAUACUCGCUGAGAAAUCAGACGUUCUAGAGCAUUUACAGUUACAUGCUUACCUUUGGAUAAGUCUUCACCUUCUUUACCAGAAUGUUGAGAAGUACACUGAGAUUGAGCUUUUAAAGCAGUUGGAGUCGGCUUUGGAUGAGUAUGGAUUAGAUUUGGUACAAUAUGCUAAGGACGUUGUGAUGGCUAUUGAGAGCAAUCCUAGUUUGGGCGACCCAUUGAAGUCUGUUGCAUUCCAGUUUGCGCGUUGUUGUUUCGACAUUGGCACCUCAUCUGGGUUGGAGGCUAUUGUCACAAUAUUAGAUCGUAGUACUGGUGAUGAAAUCGGUCGUAUUCUAUCUUGUGUAUGGCAAUUUUUCAUUAGACCUCGUGUAUCUGAGAAGAAGCCGUUAGACCCUCGAUUCACUGAAAUUGUGGAGCGUCUAUUGCUUUCUCUUGCUUCUGCUGCUGAUGUUAAUUGCAGUGAGGAGCGUCAGGAGCAGAUGGAGCGUUGCAUAGUACCGAUAUUGCUCAUGAAAAAUGUGCGUUAUGAAAUAACUCAGGAUAUUAUGAACGACAUGUUUAAGCGUUUACUGAACAAAUUUUUAUCAACUAGUUUCUUUGGUACAAAAACAUUGCAGCUGCCCUGGUAUGUAUUGAUGCGUUGUUUGCACUUGUCCAACAAAUCUUUUUUCAAGGAGUACAUCCUAGAGAGCAACACAAUUCCAGUUAUGUUGGACAACUACAUUAAGAACCGUCCUAAGGUUAGGCAUACAGCUCGUAUGCGUGUAAAUAUGAGCGAGACUAUGGUCUUUUGUUUGGAUUACGUUGAGUUGCGUCCAAUUUUUAUUGAUUGUCUUAUUGACCGACGAUCUAUUUUUGAAUACCUGCGUGGUGACGUAGAUCUUGCUAAAUUUUUGAAGGAAAUUAUUAGUCAUGAUGAGUUAAUUGAGCAAUACUGCAAGAGCGGUAAAUAUACGUUUACUGAUAAGCCCUCUACAGAUUAUGGCAUAUUGAUUCAGGAAUACAAGUUGUUAAUUUUGGCUAAGAUGACGAUCCAUUCUUCUAGCCUUGCUAAGGAUAUUUUUGACGUAUUUGCGCUCGUCAGUGUCAUCCCUUUGACCCUUGCUGUUGCGAUGAUGGAUGGUCGUCGUUUAGAUGUAAUGAUAGACGCACUCACAUUUAUCAGUUUACAUGGUAAAUCGAAGAAUGGUGACGUAGUUCCAUUACUUCAACCGUUGAUACGUUGGGCUGAAUCUAGUCCACUAUGUGUCGGCAAGACUAUGUACAUGGUAUGUCAGAUAUUGGUUAACCUUACUCGAUCUCGUAAACAUCGUCAGUGGUUCAACCGUGAUGAGAGCCAUGGUGACAUGUUUGAUGACGAGCAGAUAGAGUCGAUACGUCAAGCAUUUGAAAAGUUACCUGCUGCUAGCAAGCCUGCAACGAACGGCGAGUAUGACGAGGGUAGUGAAGAAGAGGCCAACAUUGCUCGUAGGGAUAUGAUAGCUUUACAUGAUGAGAUUGCUAAGGUGAUAAUUCGUAUUGCUCGACGGGCGCUUGCCGACGCUCCUGAGGACAGUGGUGUAGUAACACAAACUCUGGUUCUUGAGACGCUACAUUAUCUAACAUUCCCUCCUGAGAAUAGGAUAACUAUGCGUGCUGCAGGUGCUAUGCGUUGUUUUUUGAAUGCUUACAUUAGCGACAGCCACAAGGACUCUAGACGAAUCAAGUAUUUUGCUCAAUCCAUGGCUCACAUCUGUUAUGCUAGUGACCCUAAGACUCUGAAGUAUUCCGAUGCUCAGGACGCAGCGGGUCCUAUGGUUAAACUGCUGAGUGAUGACAGUGAGCUACUGCAAUAUGAAGCGGCAUUGGGGUUGACUAAUCUUUUACUUGUGGAUGAAAAUAUCCGUUCACGUCUAUGGAAGAUGGGCUGUUGGGAUGCUUUGGGCAACUUGUUAUCCUCAGACAAUUCUCAAUUGAAGGCAGCGUGCCUGGAAGGGUGGUGUAACAUGGCUUCUGGUGAAGGUAAUGUUCAGGGCCAUCUUUAUUAUAAGCUUGCUGAGCAAUGGGACAAGGCGUUGAAGUCCAUUAGCAAGACUGGAACUUAUUGUUGCGACACGGUUUGGGAAGCUGAGGAAGAAGAGGGCAAAUACAAAGAUAUUAAGGAAUCUCCUUUGAUUGAUGUCUAUGAUAUAAAUGUGUUGUUUAUGUUUGCUUCUGAUGAUAGCGACCUCCGGUCAGCUAAGGCCAGCUCUGGGGCGUUGGCAUAUUUAUCUCACGAUUUGCGUGUGGCUAGGCAUUUGCCUAUAUGUACUAAAUUCACAUUGAUUAUACAAGCUGCUGAUAAGAUGGACGACCGUGAUAUCAUGGAGCGUAUCCUGACAAUAUUCAGUUGUGUGAUGCAAGGCCAGCUGGAUGGCGGUCCUCGCGUAGUCAAGCGUCAUGUUGCUGAUGCUAAGCGGCAAUUGUUAGAUUGUAUAGAUAGGAAUUAUGCUAAGAUUGAGCGUCUGGGUCUCACCGAGUUGGCUGAUGAGGUCCGCAGCCACCAUUCAGACGUUACAAACGAUGUUGUCGCGUAAUGUAUAGUAC